CUGAAAGAAGCAUCUCUAAAAUCUCAACACAGAUUUCCUGAUUAUACGGCAGACUUGCUAAUGGACAGAGGUAUCACAUUUACCCACGUUGCCAGCAAGACCUAGGCUUUUAACCUGGUACAAAAACUUCCAGAAACCUGGAAGCAAGCAAUGUAAUUAAGAUGCUAUCUAGUGCUCCAGGUUCCCAUCUGCCACAAAGACACAUCCUUUGGACCACAGGACAAUGUCUAUAUACACAGAACCACAAGCAUGUGUUCCUUGGGUUCUGAUAUCAAAGUUCAGCCAGGUGACGUGUCAGAACAAGUAUCUGUGGUUUGCCCUGUAUUUAUUUCCACAGUCCCUACUCCUUGGUAUGUAUAGUUCCUCCAGCUUGGGGUAAGGACUUACUGAGCACGUUGCUGCUGAUCAAUAAAUGUUGCUAGUGUGAUGAAAUGUGGGGGCUAACCCUUGUGUUGGACCCAGGAACCUGUGUAAUCCAGGAAAAAAUAAGCAAUUUGGAGUCUGAGUUCAUGUAACUUGCAUACAGCACCCUGCAUAUAACAGUUUCAUAAAAGAGUUAACAAUCAAGCCAAUGUUGGGGACACAAGAAAUUGGAGACAGGGGGUGUUAAGAGGCAUCACAAAGUCAAGGACCAGAAAAGGAUCAUGAAAUUGGUGCCCAGAGUUACAAUAUGAGGGUGCCUUUCUAACAGAGUGUUGCCUGACUCGGGGGUGCUGCCCCUUCCCUGGAGAACUUUUGGGGAGCUGACCCCUGACAAAGGGGAACUCCCAGCAGCAGUCUAACCUCCUGUUUUUCCAUCUGCCCUCCCACUUGCUACUAACUUAAUCCUUCUUGCUUAUACCCUUUUGCCCCAAGGGUCCCUUUCCUUUUCACCGACUAUAGUCUGAGAAUUUGAUUUGCCCAGUCUCCCUGCACCAGAUGAGAAUAACUGGCCAGACCCUCAUUUUAGGCUCAUGAAAGUGUUUGCAAGGGAAACUAUUACUCUCUAAGUCUUGUUAAUGGUCUGUCCAUUGUGUGCCAACUUAGAAAGAUUAGCACAGGUCUCCACAUGGAAUCUUGGCAUAUAGACAACGCUGUUGGAAAGUGGAGGCAGGACCAUACCAGAGUGAUGAUGUCACAGUGCAAGGGCCUGUUCUUGACUCUACACGGUGGCCAAUUCCUGGUUCUAUAGGAGUGAUCACCGGCCCCACUGGCUGAGUGAAUAAGCAAUCAUGGAAUCCAGCAGACGUCUCCUGAGAUAGCUCUAGAGAGAUGUUCCAUGUGCACACUCAUCUCAUAUGCAUCUGUUAGCAGAGUGGAGCAUCUGCCUGCGUCCCAUAUGUGCCACAAAGCGUGCCAUGGCCAGGGAGUGCCCCUCAAAGCUGCCCUCGCCUCCUGCAAAGCCAGACCUCGCCCGGCGAGCACACGGUGCCAAGCCCACAGCUCUCCAAGGAAGAUGGCCCAGCCUGGGGGUGCGCCCUGAGCACCUGCCUCUGAUCCCUCGGCCAAGUAGCAGGGAACCGUUAUCAGCCUGAGGACCGGCCGGCUGGGAGCCUCGGGGACUGCCCAGCCCUGCUCCGGGCUCACCUGCAAGAUGUGGACAGCCCUCGUGCUCCUUUGGAUUUCCUCCUGGCCCUUAUCUGAAAGUCAGGUGGCGCCCCCGCAGCCCCGGCACUCAGUCCCCAACGAGACCCGGAAUAAUUCAGUGAAAACUUCAUCCAAGGAAAUGAUUACAAGAGUCUUUGAUAAAACGACUGAAAGAAUGACUUUGGUGACAUCGUCUCCCACAUUGACCAGAGGGACUUGGGUAGGUGACCCCACCUCUGCCGUGGUCACAGCAGGGAGAACACACAGGACAGACACGGCCACUUCAGCAGCAAUGAGAAAGACCCCGGACGGAGCCUCCUCCAGGCCACCCACGCCACCCGCUCUGGCGUCGCAGACCCCAACCUCCAGUGACGCCCACAGCACACCCCACACUUGGGCACCCGGCGGCAGCAUGUUGCCAAGCACAUCGCCAACUUCCACAACGCCCACACCGACCACGGGUGCUCAAACCACUGCUUCGACCUUGGCAAGUGCAAGCACCCCUCUGAGCACGGAGAGUCCUGGGCACACACCCGGCCGCUCCACAGCCAGCCCUGCACCCCCGAGUCCCCAAGCACUUAAUGUGUCCACACAAGGGCCCACUGUCCAGAUGCCCACGGCCCAGACUGGGGCUGACCCAGGAGUUAGGCCUGCACCCACCCUCCCAAAUGCAACCCCAGAGCCCACCUCCCCUUCCUUGGCUUCUGGGUCCACGACAGCGGGGGCCACCACCAAGGCGCCCAAGCCAGCUGCCAGCACAGCGCCAGCACCUGCAUCUCACACCAGCCUGGCCCCCGAGGUAGAGGCCACGACCCCCACGACACAGCCAAGCCCUGCUGGAACCACGCCGGGGCCCAGGGAGCCAGGCACGACUCAGACCCCGGAGCAGGUCGAGCCAGAAACCACACCUGGUACUGCUUCCCUGGGGCCGACCCCCGGGAGCUCAGGGGACUCCAAGGUGUCAGCCACCGAUGUGGGCCCGCUCAGCACACAAGGCCGGUACCUGGUGGUCUCCACCGAGCCCCUGGCCCAGUCCUUGGUGAACAAAAGUUUUCUCCUGGCGGUGCUCUUGCUCGGGGUCACACUCUUCAUCACGGUCCUGGUUCUCUUUGCCCUGCAAGCCUACGAGAGCUACAGGAAGAAGGACUACACGCAGGUGGACUAUCUCAUCAAUGGCAUGUACGCCGACUCGGAGAUGUGAGGCCGGGGCCGAGCCCUUCCCCUCCUUCCAUUUUGCCUCUGAGACCAAACCAAGUGCUUCCAGAUUCUUUUGGUGCAAUUUAGGAGACGUGCCAGAUGCUUAAACACAUUUAAUUGCUGUCAGAUUAAUUCCACGAUCCCUAAAGAGUUGCCGCUUUUUUCAUAUUUAUUUUUGUAACGAUCGUGUCGACGAGCAGGCAGGGAUUCUGCCAUGGAGUGGAGAGGGGGCGUGGGUCCUGACCUGAAUUAAAGCAAUGACUCUUUCUGCUCA